GCUACGUCUACCGUUACCCGCUAGUCCGUGGAUGAGCGCUUCGGGCCACGCGUCCGCCACACGCGCUGUCCUCGCGUCCUCAGCUGUCCGCUCGCUCACGGCGGGAAUUACUCGUCUUCUCUCGUCGCAACACACUCAUUCAUUUACAUUACACUCUUUGAUACCUAUGGGCCUCUGCUCAGGAUGUGGCAAAUCAUUCCGACAUAUGGAUGGAGAUGAGUGCUCGAAGUGUCGGAAACGGCAGGAUGCGGGAGAUGCGGCGGCUUUGGAAUUGAUCUCGAAACUCUUGCAGUGUGGGGGUUGUGGAGUCACAUUCCGCUACCUGGAGGCAGAAAUCUGUGCAAUCUGCGAGGGGAAAGACCAACCCGUGGCAGCGCCUUCCGCGGGGCAAGCACGCGCUCCGUCUCAUGGUGGAGCGGCGUCAGCGUCAAAGACCGCCGCGGCUCCUCUACAAGCAUCGACGUCGAGCGCCGCGAUGCGACACGGUCAGAAGUCACGGUCGCGCCCCGCCACCGCCUCGUCAUCUCGACAACGCCCUGUUCCUGCAACGGGCCCUCGCAUCAUCUCCGGAAAUGGAGAUUGGAAUGCACCGCUCGAGAUCGCCGAGUCUUCGGAUAUCGAAAUCGUUAACCACGACGACGACGACGACGACGAGGAGGAAUUGGAGAAUGCAGAGCCGGAAUCCAUCGACAACGCCAUCAAUCGCCAUAGAAAGACGGUAACGUCUUACCGGGUGAAGGGGAGGUCGAUGAGCAUCCCGGCCACACCCUCAUCUUCGUCUAUGCUUACGACAGCGAAGUUCAGCAAGCUUCGGCAAGGCCAACAGAAGGCUGCCGUGCUCAAGACAUCCGUGUCAACUGUCCAGUCGCUGACGUUCCACUGCGACGUCAUGUUGAUGAACAAGAAUGGCAAGACAACAGCCACUUGUAUCCCGGCGUUCCGCUGUGAAGUCGCGCUGAACGAUUCGAUGGAUGCAUUGGUUGCCAAGGUUGUCGAGGAGUUGAACAGCGAGGAUGGUCAGUGGAGGAAGGCGUAUGGUGAUGAUGCGCUUGUCACGAUGUACGUGUUUCGGUCAUAGUCAUUCGAUGUUCUGACCGUUUUGUAGUCGUGAUGUAUGCCUCACCUUCAAGCAGAAGGUCACUACGCAGUACACUCACAUCAAACCGAAGAAGUACGGGUCCAUACGGCAGUUCUGGGACUUACAUACACGCCAGAAGGGGCUGUACUUCAAUGACCAUCAGAUCAAGCACUUCUCGCCUGCGAUUGGCGUUCUUGUGCCAAUCAGCUGCACCCAGCCUAAGGUGGAUUCCGACGACAGUGGUGAUCGUGAUCGCGGCCGUCAAGGCAAGACUUCUUG